UGUGAUUAAAAGAAUAAUUAAGCGUCCGAUGAAGGGUUUAAAUUCUGUGCAACAAUUUUAUAAGGAUAAAGUUGUAUUUAUUACUGGAGGUUCCGGAUUUAUGGGGAAGGUAUUGCUAGAGAAGUUGCUAUAUUCAUGUUCCAGUCUUAAAAAUAUCAUCAUAUUGAUGAGAUCAAAGCAAGAAAAAUCGGAAAUGCAAAGAUUUAGAGAGUUUAAACAAUUACCGAUGUUUCAAAGAAUCAUGAAUGAGAAGCCUCACGUAAUGAAGAAGAUCAUUGUUGUUUACGGUGAUGUUACACUCCCCAAGCUUGGUUUGAGCAAAGAACACUUGGACAAAGUGCUUGAAUCAAAUUUGGUGUUUCACGUUGCGGCAUCUCUCAAACUUGAAGCGACCUUGAAACCAAACAUUUUGAUGAAUUUAACUGGAACGAAAAAUGUCAUCGACAUCGCUAAAAUGAUGCCAAAUCAUAUUUUGAUGAUUCAUUUCUCGACAGCUUUUUGUUGCGUCGAACAAGAAAUUUUAGAAGAAAAAAUCAUCGAAUGGAAAGAUAAUCCUGAAGAUUUGAUAAGAUGUGCAGAGUGGAUGAGUGAAGAAGCAAUGGCUGACAUGCAAAAGUCAGUGAUGGGAGGCCAUCCAAAUACUUACACUUACACGAAACGUUUGGCUGAAAUACUUGUUCGAAAUGAAUACUCAAAAGGAUUUCCAAUUUGCAUAAUUCGUCCAUCUGUCGUUGUUCCCGCUUAUAAAGAACCUCUGCCUGGUUGGGUUGAUUCUCUGAAUGGACCAGCAGGUCUGAUGCUUGGAGCAGCAAAGGGAGUCAUCAGAUCAAUGCUGGUAGAUGGAAAUUCGAAAAGCGAAGGCAUACCAGUUGACAUAGCUAUUAAUGGAGCAAUUUUGAUUGCCAAAAAAGUAGCUAAUACAUCACAAAGAUCUCAAGACGUUGAAGUUUUUAAUGUAACAGCAAGUGAAACAAAGAAACGAACCAUGAAAUAUAUUUUGGAGAAAGCAAAGAAGAUAAAUUUUGAAAUUCCUGUGGGAAUAGGAAUUUGGUAUCCCGAUGGCAUAAUAACAACGAAUAAGUUCGUACACAAAAUAAAUGUGCUUUUCCUUCACUGGUUUCCUGCAUAUUUCAUUGAUCUUAUUUUGUUUUGUUUGAGACAAAAGCGUUUCAUGAUUCGUAUGCAAACAAAAAUUAUGCAAGGUUUGGAGGUCUUACAAUUUUUCACUAUGAGAAACUGGACAUUUUCAUCAAAUAACUUCAAGAAGUUGAAUGAUAAUCUUUCUUCGGAAGAGUAUCAAAUGUUUUUCAUUGAUACUGAAGCAAUUCCUGAUUCAUUCGAAGAUGAAUUUAUUAAAAACUGUUUGCUUGGUGGAAGACAAUACAUUCUUAAAGAAAAGCUUUCAACAAUUCCUCGUGCUCGUAUGCAAAUUAAAAUGUGUGAUACUAAUAUCUUGUGUCUACAGCGAAAGAUGACCAACAUGAAUUCUAUUCAAAAGUUUUAUAAAGACAAAACAAUUUUCAUUACUGGAGCGUCUGGUUUUAUGGGAAAAGUUUUGCUUGAAAAGCUUCUUUAUUCAUGCUCUGAACUAAAAGCAGUCAUCAUUUUGAUGAGACCAAAGCGAGGCAAAUCUGAAGUUGAACGAGUUGCAGGAUUUCAAAAUAUUCAAAUGUUUCAAAGAAUCAUGAAUGAGAAGCCUCACGUAAUGAAGAAGAUCAUUGUUGUUUACGGUGAUGUUACACUCCCCAAGCUUGGUUUGAGCAAAGAACACUUGGACAAAGUGCUUGAAUCAAAUUUGGUGUUUCACGUUGCGGCAUCUCUCAAACUUGAAGCGACCUUGAAACCAAACAUUUUGAUGAAUUUAACUGGAACGAAAAAUGUCAUCGACAUCACUAAAAUGAUGCCAAAUCAUAUUUUGAUGGUUCAUUUCUCGACAGCUUUUUGUUGCGUUGAACAAGAGAUUUUAGAAGAAAAAAUCAUUGAAUGGAAAGAUAAUCCUGAAGAUUUGAUAAGAUGUGCAGAGUGGAUGAGUGAAGAAGCUAUGGCUGGCAUGCAAAAAUCAGUGAUGGGAGGCCAUCCAAAUACUUACACUUACACGAAACGUUUGGCUGAAAUACUUGUUCGAAAUGAAUACUCAAAAGGAUUUCCAAUUUGCAUAAUUCGUCCAUCUGUCGUUGUUCCCGCUUAUAAAGAACCUCUGCCUGGUUGGGUUGAUUCUCUGAAUGGACCAGCAGGUCUGAUGCUUGGAGCAGCAAAGGGAGUCAUCAGAUCAAUGUUGGUAGAUGGAGAUUUAGAUGCUGAAAUCGUUCCAGUUGACAUAGCUAUUAAUGGAACGAUUAUAAUAGCGAAGCAAAUCGCGAUGCAACAAAAAAGAUCAAAUGAUGUUGAAGUUUUUAAUGUAACAGCAAGUGAAACAAAGAAACGUACCAUGAAGUAUAUUUUGGAGAAAGCAAAGAAAAUAAAUUUUGAAACGCCACUUGAAAUGGGACUUUGGUACCCAGAUGGUACAAUUACAACGAACAAAUAUGUUCAGAAAGUUAACGUUGCACUUUUCCACUGGUUACCCGCAUAUUUCAUUGACUUCCUGAUGUUUUGUCUUAUGCAGAAAAGAUUCAUGUUGCAUGUUCAGAAUCGUAUCAGUCAAGGCUUAGAAGUUCUACAAUUCUUUACAAUGCGGCAAUGGGUGUUUUUAUCACAAAAAUUUAAAGAUUUAAAUAAGAAUUUAUCACCUGAAGAAUAUGAAAUGUUCUUUAUCGAUACAGAUGUCGUCCCAGAUGAGUUUGAAGAUGAAUUUCUUAGGAAUUGUUUACUAGGAGCACGCCAAUUUAUUUUGAAAGAACCUCUGUCAACAAUUCCUCGUGCAAGAAUUCAAAUGAAAAUUGCUUAUGUUGUAGAUCGUCUGUGCAAAUGUUUAUUCUUUUACUUCAUAAUAAAGUAUUUACUAAAUAGUCUUGGAAUGAUGGCGUUCAUUGAAAACUUAACAAUGAAAAGCAAUCAAACUUCUGCAAUUUAAGUUUAUCGUGCAAAUAUAUGUUUUGCAAUACAAAUAUUCAAUAUUUAUUAUCUAAGGUGAAAACAUGUUUCUCUUUGUGAUGAACUAUAAAUGAACUGAUGGUUGGUAAUUAAUCCACUGACAGUAAACGAAUUUAUGGUGAUAUCAAUUAAUAUUCAGCAACAUUGCAAGUCUUCCAGCUGCAUAACUAUUUCUUUAUACAUAUUCAACGUAUUAUUGAUUCAUAAAUGUAAUCGCGGAGUAUUAAAUAACAAUCAUCACACAUAAAUAUUUAAAAUUAAAACAAAAUGGAAA